AUGAGUCCGGCGGCGCGCCGCAGUCCCAACCGCACCACCAAGGCCAACAAGUCUUCCUCCCCCGGCGGCGGCGGUGGCAGCAGCAGCAGCAGUGUCAGCGGCAAGGAUGACCAGCACGACGGCAUCGAGGGCCUCGGCGUGGUGGGCAGUGGGAUGGGGGAUCCCCGGGAGGCGCUCAUCCUGAGCCUCAAGAGGGAGGUGGCGGCGCUCCAGAGCGAGAACGACCACCUGCGGGGCGCGCUGCGCCUCAACGGCGAGCACCUCGUCGGCGGCGACCCCGGCGCUCCCCGGGCCAUCGGAUCGCCACCGCCGGCCGUGGACCUGGAGCGGCUGGCCGAGCUGGAGGCCAACGAGCUGGCGGGGCUGGUGCAGCACUACAUGCAAGAGAACGAGGCACUGCGGCGCGAGAACUCGGACCUGUUCAGCACGCGCGAGGUGCUCAUGCGCGACCAGGACCUGGUCUGCAGGGAGAACGAGCGCCUCCUCAAGAAGCUGGAGGACGUCAACUCAGUGUGUUGCCGGUCGCCAAUCAUACCCGCCCGCCCGACGUUCUCCGGAGACUUGCUCAACAUGUCCCUGGCGGGGUCCGACAUGGGCCCGCUGGGGGCCACCAUGGGCCACGACCUCAUGGCCAGCUCCACCAACGUGUGGGUGCACCCGCUCAACGGGAGCGUGGGCAGCCCGGGGGGAAGCACCACCGCGCUCACCGGGCCCAAGUUUAAGGCGGAGAUUCUCGAAGGAAGGCAUUCCGCGAAGCCUCCACACCGGCUUCCAGACUCGAUCCAGAAGGAGCUGGAUAAGAGGAGGAUAGGAAAGAGUAUGACCAACAUCGCCGAAUCUUACCGCGAUAGGAGUCAUCAGAGACACAAUUCGUGGGACAACUCGAAGCAGGGGUCGCCAGGGCUCAGCAGCGAUCCCCCCACGGCACCAGUGCUUCCCGCCCAACCACAGCCCCCACAGGCAGUUCACGGCUAAACCCUACUUGCAAUGUAGCAUUACUUAACAAACAAUAAUAAUUAUGAGUAAGAUAUAUAUAAAAAUAAAUUUGUCAACAUUUUGAAGGUAAGGAAGGAAGGCUAAGAGCUGUGCUUUGCUUCACUCUAACGGCUCUAACGUCAACUCAGAACCUGUAUAUGUGAUGGGACCAAUCAUUAAAGCCCUUGAAAUAAGAAAUAUACUGCCCCAGGAAGCUGAGGGAUGUCUACGUAUUUUAAUAGAAAAAGUUCAAGUCUUUUCCAUUAAUACUUUUGAAAACAAUAAACUAACAAAUUAUUGGUUCAAUUCCUAUCCAAAGUGUGUGUUGGCAGUGUUGGUUGAAGUAGCUAAACCAAUGUUUGCAUGUCCCAUAUUGUCUGAUAAUCAGAAUAUGCAUUUGGGCGAUCUCUGGUUUAGAAAGAUGAACAUGGAUAAGUGACAAAAUAAAUUGUUUUCUAUAAAUUGAGUAGUUUUAAUAAAAACAAUUAUAGUUGCAACAUGAA